AUGGAGAGCAAUAAGGAUAAAAAUAAUCCCCGGGUGGGUCUCCGAAAGGGGGAAUCCCAUACUCCGGCCUCGGCCGGGGAUCGCUCCGCGUAUACGGGGGGAGCACCUGUUGCUAUGGAGGAGGGGAAGAGGAGAGAUGAUAACGACGACUAUGGCACGAAUACGGAUAUUGAUAGGCAUAUUGUUACGGCUGCAAUGUUGACAGCGAGUGAAGGCGAAGGAUCGCAAACAGCGACGCCUACGCCCGGCAGCCCAAUCCCUAGUAAGUUUUUCUAUAGGGAUGGACUAGGAUAUGACACGGAGAGUGGCAGUGAAACUGCAUCCUCUCGAAAUAAGGAUACGGACAAGGAGAAGGAACGAGAAAGGUUCCUUCGUAAGAGGCCCGGUGAAUGCAGUCCUGAAAAGGACGAAGAGGGUGCCCGGAAACCCAUCGCCAAGCGUGGUAGGGGCCGGCCACCCACAACUGGACGCUACGUUGGCCAAGCCAAGGCCAGGAAAAGUAAACUUGACCAGGAAGAUAGAACGCUACAAACCGAAGUGGAGCGCGAGAUUUUGGAGGCGACAAAGAGGAUCCCAUCGGUGAGGUCACACUCUCGGGCAUCGGAAUCCUCCUCUGACGUGACUAUGCUGGAAGAGCCCAAGGAGGUUACUUCAGCUAGACUGGGUGCAGUCAUCACAGAGAGCCUGAGAGCCAUCAUCAGCGUAGCCCAGAAAAAGAACCUCAAGGGAACGUCUGUGGCGGCUCUCAACAAGGCGACCCUUGCCAUACGGGAAACCUGUGCGAUUCUGCUCGAGCACUCAGCGUCGGCGGAGACAAGAGCACUGGAAGCCGAUAAUAAACGCCUAUCCAAGGAGCUUGAAGACCUGAAAAAGGAACUAGGGGCCAUCAAGCGUAGGAUGGCCGAAGCUCAGCCACAAAUCACUCCCGUAAACAAGGAGCUGAAUGUGGAGGAGCUUGUCCAGCGAGCGGUGCGUGAGGCAGUGUCCGUAGCGAGUGCCAGAAUGGACGCGCGGUUAGAGGGAUUGGAGGCUCGGCUGCUGCCGGAGCCGCGCCUGCGACCCCCCCUCGCUGCAGAUAAGAAAAAAGAGAAGGAGAACACAAGUGACCCAAUAGCAUCUACGUCGAAGGGCAAAGAGAAGACUUCGGAGCUUGAGCCGAUGGUGACGACUCUGUUACCCCCACUCAAUCCGGGUCCAGCACCGAAACAGAAAAAGAAGAGGAUAAAAAAAUCUGCUGCAGCUGUGGAGGCGGCGGCGGGUAGGCGCGAUGCUGCCCCUGUCACAGCUGUGGCGGGACAACAUGCGACCGAGGAGUGGUCGCAGGUUGUCAAAGGGAAAAAAGGACAGGUACAAAGAAAGAGAGAGGAAGGAAAGAAAGUACCUAAGAAGAGGAAGAAAAAGAAAAAUGGAGGUCUCCGCACUCCGAAAACUGCAGCCGUGGUUCUAACGUUGCAGCCAGAGGCGGAGAAAAGAGGCAUCUCGUACAAAGAUGUACUAGAAAAAGCCAAACAACGGGUCGAUCUCGUCAGCCUGGAGAUCCCGGCUGUAAGGUUUAAGGUGGCAGUCACUGGGGCUCGAUUGCUCGAGAUUCCAGGGGUUGCUAACAAGGAUAAGGCGGACAAACUUGCUGAAAAGCUCAAGGAGGUAAUGGAGGAGGACGUUGUCCGCAUCCACCGACCUCAAAAGUGCGCGGAGCUGCGCCUACAGGGUCUGGAUGACUCCGCCACCCCGGCAGAAGUGGCGCGGGCCAUUUCAAUGCCCGGUGGUUGCGCAGUUGGCGACAUUAAGGUUGGAGAGAUCAGGCGAGACCGCAGAGGUCGUGGAUCAGUCUGGGUUAAGUGCCCGGUUGAGGCGGCAAAGAAGGUAACAGCCCCAAACGUAAAAGUUUGCGUUGGGUGGACCAUCGUGCGUGUGGUACUUCUGACCACGCGCCCCAUGAUAUGUUACCGAUGUCAGGAGGCCGGGCACACCCGGGCAAUAUGCAAGAGCGAGGUAGACCGCAGUGAGCUUUGCCUCCGCUGUGGUCAGUCGGGCCACAUGUCUGCGGGGUGCCAAAACGCGCCUCAUUGUGCACUAUGUGAGGCCCAUGGUAGGCCGGCGGACCACAUCGUGGGAGCUAAAUCCUGCGGGAAAAUGGCGCCUAAGAAAAAGAGGGACGGUCCAGAGAAGGGCAAGGCACCUAAGGCAGUCGCCACAACAUCCACGGCGACUACCGUUGCUGAAGCGGCACCAAUGGACGCCUCAUAA